AUGCAUGGGGGUCCCGAGUCAAGGGGAGGCGGGCUCUCGUGGGGUGCCGCGCCGAGGGGAGCCGCGGUGCCUCGGCGGCUCCCGGGCGCUGCGCUGGCCGCGGCUCCCCUCACGGCGCCGCCGCCAUUGCCCUGCAGCGGCGCGCUCUCUCCGCCAGGCGGCAGCGCCGCGCCUCCUGGCCCGCCGGCGGCCGAGGCGGAGCGCGGGGCCCCGCGCGGCAGCGCGGCGGACGGUGAGGCUGAGGCGGAGGAGUUCGGGUGCCCGGCGCACUGCUCCGACCUGGCCUGGCGGCAGAACGAGCAGCGCCGCCACGGCCUGUACUGCGACAUCACGCUGGCUUUCGGCGGCGCGGGCAUGGCCCGCGAGUACCGGGCGCACCGGUCCGUCCUGGCCGCCGCCACCGAAUACUUCACGCCGCUGCUCUCGGGAGGGUUCGCGGAGUCGCGCUCGGGUCGCGUGGAGCUGCAGAAGUGGAGCUCGGAGGGCGGCCCCGACCCCGACACGGUGGAGGCCGUUAUCGGUUUCAUGUACACCGGCACCAUCCGCGUGAGCCCCGGCAACGUCCAUGAGGUGCUGGAGAUGGCGGACAGGUUUCUGCUGACCCGGUUAAAGGACUUCUGUGGAGAGUUUCUGAAGAAGAAGCUGAACCUCUCCAACUGUGUGGCGGUUCACAGCUUGGCCCACAUGUAUUCCCUGAAUCAGCUGGCCCUCAAAGCGCAGGAUAUGAUCAGGAGAAACUUCCACAAAGUCAUCCAAGAUGAGGAGUUCUACACUUUGCCGUUUCACCUUGUCCGGGACUGGCUCUCAGACUCGGAGAUCACGGUGGACUCUGAAGAAAUCCUCUUUGAAACUGUUUUGAAGUGGGUUCAGAAAAAUCCUGAGGAAAGAGAGAGGUACUUUGAAGACCUCUUUAAGCUGCUACGAUUGUCUCAGAUGAAACCCACGUACCUGACUCGCCACGUCAAGUCCGAGCGGCUGGUGUCGAGCAGCGAGGCCUGCGUGAAGCUGGUGUCCGAGGCCGUGGAGAGCCAUGCCCUGCGCUCUGAGAACCUGCAGGCCGGGAACCUGCAGCACCCGGCCUGCCCCGCCGCGCUGCUGCCGCGCUUCGGCCAGAACAUGGACGUCAUCAUGGUCAUCGGCGGCGUGUCCGAGGGCGGCGACUACCUGAGCGAGUGCGUGGGCUACUUCAUCGACGAGGACAGGUGGGUCAACCUGCCUCACAUCCACAACCACCUGGACGGGCACGCCGUGGCCGUGACGGAGUCCUACGUGUACGUGGCUGGCUCCAUGGAACCGGGCUUUGCCAAGACUGUGGAGAGGUACAACCCAAACAGAAACAUCUGGGAGCAGGUUUCAAACCUCAUCACCAGGAAGCAUUCCUUUGGCCUUACUGAAGUGAAAGGCAACUUGUACAGUAUUGGUGGGCACGGCAAUUUCAGUCCAGGCUUUAAAGAUGUGGCCAUUUAUAACCCUGAGCAGGACAAAUGGCUGAACCUGGAGUCGGCGCCGAAGAUCCUGCGGGAUGUCAAAGCUGUCUCCGUGGAGGACCGCUACGUGUACGUGGCCGCCCGCACCCCGGUGGACAGCGACAGCGAGGACGGGCUCAGGGCUGUUAUUAUCAGAUAUGAUGCUGAAACCAGGCAGUGGCAGGACGUGGAGUCCCUGCCCCUCAUCGACAACUACUGCUCUUUCCAGAUGUCUGUUGCCAGCACCAACUUCUACCACACAGCAUCCUGCUGCCCCAAGAGUUACCCCAUAGACAACGAGGAGGCCAAGGGGAAGAUCUGCAGCAGGGCCUCGGAUGAAAUCCUGGAAUCCUUGCCCCCCGAGGUCCUGAGCAUUGAAGGAGCAGCUAUUUGUUACUACAAGGAUGACGUGUUCAUCAUUGGGGGGUGGAAGAACAGCGAUGACAUUGACAAGCAGUACAGGAAGGAGGCCUAUCGCUACUGCGCCGAGCGGAAGCGCUGGAUGCUCCUGCCCCCAAUGCCACAGCCCCGCUGCAGAGCCACUGCCUGCCACGUGAGAAUCCCCUUCAGGUGCCUGCAGGGAACACAGAGGUACCCCAUGCCACAAAAUCUCAUGUGGCAAAAAGAUAGAAUAAGGCAGAUGCAGGAAAGGCAGAUGCAGGAGAUCCACCGAUACUCCCUGAGCUUACGGAGGAUGCCGCGCUCCCAGAUCGAGUGCUAGUGUCUGCACAUCACUCCUGAUGAGCCUAGGAAAUAAACCCAUUUGUUAGGCUUGAUGUGUCUUUAUAAGACAUGAGGGUGUGGAUUUGAUUUGAUGCAUCAAACCAGCAUCUGUUGUGUACUGAAAAUUCAGAAGCUCAGAAGUUGAGGGUGGGUGGGAAUUGAGACACUCCAUGAAUCCAGCAGUAUUCCUUAAUGAUACCCAGGGAGAAGCUGUAGCCUGUAUCGGGCUGUGAAAUGUCUCUGGGAGCAUUAAGCCUGUUAUUUCUUUCCUCAGAUCUUUGGUUCCAAGGAUUUCUGUAGAGUUAGUCUCUAACAGUUCUGCUUGGAAAAUCAAAGAUCUCUCUCUUAAUAAUUUAGUGGUUACAUUUGUGUGUGCUUGAAAGCACCUGUUUCAUUUGCACUUAUCUCUUGACAUUCCUUUGAUUCUCUCCUCAGUGACUAAACUUCACAGGAUUGGUGUUGGUGUACUUGGCUUUCCCAAGCUGGAGGCAAGUGCAAUAGUUCUGCAUGAAACAAAAGCACAAUCUUUCUUUAUGAAAUUACUUCAGGAUGUUUCUAUGUGUAUUAAAUAUUUUGUAUUUGUGUUGUAGAGAGGCUGCAGAGUUUGUUUAUAAAUGGAUGAUUGGUUGGACACAAGACACUUGCUAAAAGAGAGCUUGAGGCAGUGGAUUUAUUUUUUUUUUUCAGGUAUAUUUGCAGGUUUGAGUCUGUCUGUGACUCAAGAAUUUGGGUCAGCAGUCUGAGCAAAGGAGUGACACCUGGCCAUGAGCCACCCACCCACACUGGCUGUUCAGUUCUGUCAGAGUGGAUCAGUGAGGGUGGGAUUAUUUCAUGGGAAUGUAGUGAAACCUGAGCUACUCGUAGGUCUUUUCUCAAAUGUUGCACGUUUUAGUUCUAGUGAAAAGUGAUGAAAGAGCCCCUGCUGUUCCAGCCUCUCUCUGACAAUCAGAAGCCUUUGCCCUCCUGUGCUGUCCCAGGGGACUCCCAGCAGCUGUGCUGCAGCUCUGUUCCAAGCUGGCAGUGUGCUCUGCAGGGGGAGAGCUGGCCUUUCAGAGUCUCCAGGUAGCUGAAUUUCCCCACUUGCUGUGAGGCUGAGAUUGAAGCUCCUUUAAACACCUUUUGGCAUUUUGAGGUGGCUGUACAUGCAAGUGCCCUGGUUGGCUCUGGAUGCUUCCUGCUGCACUCCCAGGAAACAAAAUGUGGGAUAGUCCCUUUGGAGCAUCCCUGCCUCUCUGUCCCACUGAACACUCCUUCUCCCCAGUCCAAGAAGCUCCAGGACCCUUUCAUUUACCAACAGUUUCAGUGCAUACUUCCUACCUCCUUUUCUCCCCAUCCUUCCCUUCUUUUGAAUGUUCCAGGUUUUUCCAUGCAGUCUUAACUCAGGAUCUUAGGGAAGGGAAUGGGAGGAGUAACCUGGGUAUUACAAAAUUUGUGUAGACAAACCUUUCUGGAAAAUCUGUUACUGUUCUUGGUUCGUUGAUGAUUUGCUGGUGGUUUUGCUGUGGGUGAGUUCUUUGCAAAGAACUUCUAACCAAUUUGGGAUUUGUUUUGGUCUUAAUUGUUCUGCUUCCUGAGCUGCUCCUUCUCCUUUUCCAGUUCAACAGGCAGCCCAGAUCAUAUCUGAAACUUGGGGUAAGUCUUUCCACCACUCAGUGUGUAAAGGUUUCUCUGAUGUGUACAUCCCUUAAUGCUCCACUCUGUGGUUCGUGGGCCACUUUGAUAUCAGCAAUUUGUCUGUUUGUGAGAGAGUCUCCAGCCUUAGUUAAAAAAAAAAACUACCAAAAUUGAAAUUCUGAACAGUUUUUCUUGGUUUACUCCUCUGUGGUAACCAUGUUUUAUUUUCUUUGCCUGUUUGGUUGUUGGGGCAGGUGAAGUCUAUGCUACUGGCUUCAUGCAAGAGGAAAUAGGUGAGUUGAAGGUGAUGUUUGCAGGUUUGACUGUUCCCAGAGAGCUGCUGCAGGCUUGUAAGCUGGGGGUUGAUCCAUGGAGUCUUGCUCCUGGACUCUUGCAGGUCUGGCUGGAGUAGGUGCAUAAUUGCUGCUCCUGCAGCAGUUUUUGAUAAAGUGCAAAUGCCUCUGGUGCUGAAUCCAUCAAUGUAACAGCAGUUUGUGGGAGCUGAUUUUAAGAUGCUUUCCCAGACUUUGCACCAAAGCAAUGGAGAGGAGUUCACGUCCUCCACCCUGCAGAACCAGCUGGCAGGAUUUAACAGGCAGUUGGACAGUGGCUGGUCACCACCACAGCUCUCUCCAAGCUCUCUUGUAGUCUGUCAUCAAAUACAGACAAUUUGUAGGGAGAAACACCAAGAUGGUUCUUUCAGUUGGAACGGGAGCUGAAUAUUUAAUGCAUGGCACUGUGCAACAAAGAGGCAAGAACAAACCUUGCAGUCUUGCUUUUUGCUUUUUCUAAGCAAAAAUUGAUAUUGCAAUUCCCAGGAGGACUUUGGGCUGAUGGACAAGCUGUGGCAUUUACUCAAAGCACUCCCCUCAGAGCCAGAUUGAGCCCAUCCCUGCACAGGUAACCCGUGUGUGCCAGCCGCAUGCUGUGUGUGCCUGCUGUCCCUCCAUGUGCUUGGGGUGGGGCCUGGCAGCAGCUCAGGCUGUUCUCAGUGUUUGCUCUGCCACUCCAGGGAUAGUUUAAAGCAGUUGGGGUUUUUUAGCCUUGAAUCCCAGAGGAGCAGUGGCACAGAUGUGGUUUGUGACUUAGGUCAAAUAAUCCAUUGCAUCACAUGAGGUGUUGGGAGAAUUGCAUUCGUGGCUCUGGCUGCAGUUUAGCCCACAAGCCUGUGAAUCCAUAACAGUUUCCUUGUGCCCUUGACCACCAUAUCUUGCUGGGUGUUUAUCAAAUGAUCCCAUAAACAAAAGCCUGGGAAUGCCUCCCGUGUGUUUCUGGAGGCUGGUCAGCUGCCAGCAGGAUCCCAGUGUGUGUUCAGUAAGGGUGAGAAGGCUGGCUGGUGCCUCACUGAGGGAAAAGAACCUUGGGGGCAGUUUUCCUCCUCCUCAGGACAAUCACACCUCUACACCUGUCCUGAUUCCUGCCACCAAACACGUGUCACGUCCUGGCUUUCUGCUCACAGUACCAGUGGCACCUGCCAGGUGCUGGUGAUCAGUAACUCCCAGGGGCCAUGUGUGUACAUAAUAUUUUAUAACUACCUGGAUACUCCAUUAGUAGCCAGGGGUUGUGUUUUUAAUGACUCCCCUGCACAUAGUGGGAGUCCAUUCCAGAGAUGAAGCAAACAGCCUGAUGUUACAUGUGCUGUGAACAGCUGUACCCAGCAUUCUGCCUGACUAUUGCAAUGACAUUUUUCUCCAUUACAGUAAAUGUUAAAAUCCAAACUCUUGGAUCAUCUUGUGUGUUGUGAAAUACUCUGGUGGCUGAAAACAAACCCAGUCCCAAGGAAUUAGAACUUUUUAUGUUCUUAAUACAGCCUUGUAACAGGAUGUUGUAACAUCCAGUGGGCUUUGAAAAGCAAGUGUAAAGAAGGUGGUCUGUGGCUUGGAUUUAUUUUCAGCUCUUUUAUUUGUCCACCUUAGGUUGGGCUACAAAUCCAAUCUCCCAUUUCAUAGUCCUGGAUGAAAUCUGAUAAAAAAGGUGCUCUUGAGGAUCUAACCCUGUUACUAAUAUGAAUGUAGAGUGUGGAACUAAUGAGCUGUUUGAUGACCAUUAAUAGUCAGAUUCUCCUCGUGGGUCCAUGUCACUGUGGGUUGCAGCAGCUCUGCUCUCCUGUCAUUAACAGAGGGACAGCAGUUUCCUGGGGAGCAGCACUCCUGUCCUUACCUGUGAGGUAAAGUAGUGUGUGUCAUAGGCCCUUUGAAACAGACCCUGCUGUCCUGUUCUUGACCUUAAAUACACUGUACUAAAGUUUAUUGUAAGAGGUGAAUUAAUGAAAAUAAACCUUUUAUUUCUCUAGCA